AGUUAGAGCGGAACCGGAAAAGGCCGACCAUAUGGUCUGCGCGCAUGCCCAGAAAGCGCCAAGACAGCCAUAGUCGCCGUCAGUUAUUGUUCGCGUGAAGAGGUGCGAUUGAUACCGUCUGAAUGGCAGAACACCAGUCGGCCCUUUUGCUACGAAAACAGUUGAAUGAAUUGAAGAAGAACCCCGUCGAAGGUUUCUCAGCUGGCUUAAUAGAUGACAAUGAUAUCUAUAAAUGGGAAGUCCUCAUCAUCGGUCCACCAGACACUCUUUACGAGGGUGGUUUCUUCAAGGCACAUCUAUACUUCCCCAAGGAAUAUCCUCUACGUCCUCCAAAGAUGAAGUUCAUCACAGAGAUUUGGCAUCCAAACAUUGACAAGAAUGGAGACGUGUGCAUAUCGAUUCUGCACGAGCCCGGGGACGACAAGUACGGCUACGAGAAAGCGUCAGAGCGUUGGCUUCCCGUGCACACCGUGGAGACCAUCCUCAUCUCAGUCAUCUCCAUGCUGGCUGACCCAAACGACGAGUCUCCCCAGAACGUGGAUGCAGCGAAAGAGUGGCGAGAAAACUACUCGGAAUUCAAGCGGAAAGUUGCUCGGUGCGUUAGGAAAAGUCAAGAGGAGGUCUAGGAUAAAUUUUGGUGUAGUAUAAUUUUGGCAGGAAUGGUGAGCGCUUCUCGUCCACACAACGCGCUCUUGCUCGACUUUUCGGAGCCACUUGAAGGAAGCGGAGCCCACAUGUAGUAACUCCAGGGACAUUGUGCAGUGGGUCCGGCCGAGACUGCGUUCUCCCUGUGGGCAGCCUUCCUCCACAAGGCAGCCGCAGCUUCAACGGCUUCCAAUUAAAAAUGGACGGGAACGAAAUUUGAUACCACUUCAAUUUGCUCCAGCUUACCACAGAUCCCUCCUCCCUCUGGCCCCUCGUGCUUUCCAGAAGCUGCUAACACUGUUCCCCAAAGUAAAAGUGCGCGAGUGUGGAGCGUGCAUGGUCCCUUUUGAUUUGAGUAUCUUUUAAGUGUGUGCAUGCAUGUGCUUUGGUUGCCUUUUUUUCUUUCUCAAUUGGUUUCUUUCUUUGACCCAUAUUUUGGUUCGUUUUUUUUUUCACACUUCACGUCUGCUAUUCUUGGAGUGUGACGAGUUGAGACUGGGGCCCUCUUUAAACUGGCAGGUGUUGAAGAUGCUUAAGGCAGCAACUUGCGCUUCUAAGCAAUUUAACUUUGGCACUGCUACAUGGCCAGGCUGGCGUGGGGCGAGCUAGUUGUGUCAUUUAUACAAUUUCUGUAUAGCCAUCAAACACUCAUUGCUGUACAUUUUUUCAGAUGCUUAGCUGGGUUUGUGACUGGGUCUGGGAAAGAAUGGAAAUGUUUUUCUUUCUUUUUUUGCUAGUGGGAGGGUAGGCCAACUGGUAUUCUUUAAAUUGAUCGCCAGGCUUUGGGCAACAUGUUCUGGGAAACUGGGUUGCCUUGUUGUUGGUGGGUGUACCCUGAGACAGCGAAACAACCGACAUUUGCUUUGCGGCAUGUGCAAAAAGAGAUAUUUAUUUGAGCGAAUGAAUAAUCUUUGUGCCUACAAUCUGGUUGGACUUUGAUCAAUGCUAUGUUUGUGCUCGGCAGUGCAUUUUGCAGUUAUCGGGAUAAGCUGAACCUCUCGUUAUUGUAAUUUGUACUCUCACUUUAAAAUGGAAGUCGGAAAAAUCUGUUGCAAAGUCGCUUCUGGACCUUUCCAGCAUACUUUACCUGAAGGUGUUUGCCUAAAGAGCCACGAUGUUAUUGCAGCUGCAGACAUUGGGUGACCAAGCUGUUCUUCUUUUUACAUGGCAGAGGGGAAGAAACGGCUUGAAAGUAUUUGCUGAUCCAUUAUGGCAGUCUUUUCAACAGAUUUAAUUGCAGGAGAUCAAGCGUUUAACUUUUUUUUCUGUUUCUUUGCUUUUCUUUUUUCUUAGCAGUACUACAUAUAUAUCUUGUCCAGGAACGUGGUCAUGUUGACAGUACAUUACUGAGUGAUUUUUUUUUAGAAUGAUUUGUGUUUAUUCUAUUUGGGUUUAUGCAUGCAUUUUACGUGAAAAAUUGCGUUUUAAACUUCCUGUAAAUUGCUUUCCGAGCUUUGUACAGUUGACUAAAUAUAUUUUCAUGUCUUUGA